CCUGUGGUUUCUGGGCGCCGCUUUUACACAGUUUGUUGUCAAAGUCUGCUUGAAAUGCUCGACUUUAAGAAAUGACGAUAAAUAAAAGUGUUCGCGGUAUUACAGCUGGAACUUAAGGACUUGUCGUUGCUGUCUGAGGAAGUUUUGAAGGACAGAAGCUCGAGUUGGGGAAGAGGCAGUUGUCCAUCGGCCGCUGAUCCUACAGAUGCUGGUCCCCUCCAGGCAGCCGUCCUGCUCCGCUGGUAAACAUGGCGGAUAGUUUUUACAGGUUGGAGGAUGAGGCGUUUCCCAGCUUCCUGGGCCGGUCCCUGGACCGGUCCCUGGACAGCACCGGGGGCCGGGCCACGCUGGGGAACGUGACCCUGGGCUCCGGCCCGGGGCUGCCAGUAGCCGCCUCCACCGUGGCUAAAAUUAGACCUGGCUGUGACAACAGAGAUCACGCCGAGGCGUCGUAUCUGGAAGGCAGAGAAGCGCCGCGGGCUCAUUUACAGUCAUCUGUUGAAGAGCAGCCCAAGUUCGCCCUCAGCUACAAAGAUGAAUUAGAGGAUGCAGACGACUUCAUCGCAGCACAUCGGAUGUCUCUGGUGAAGAUCAGUCUGGAUGAGACUACGUCCAGGAACCAGGGCUCCGUGCUGGGACUCCUGCCCAUGCAGACGGGGUUAGAGUACGGACGACCCACGGACUUCGGAAACGAUCUGUCAACAGGACUUCUGACAUUUACACAGUUUGGACAGAGGGAUGGUGCUGAUAAAAAGUCCUCCAUCCAGGCUCGGACCUUUACCGCUGCAGCCGAGGACGACCACGUGCAGAGCGAGGGAGUGUCCAGUGACCAUUUCAGCGGCAGCACCUCCAGCUUCCUGGCCAAUGAAAAGCUCUUGGCUGUGGACAGCAUGAACAGUGAUAUCACAGAUGAUGACAUUGAUUUAAACAACCUGCCUGAAGAUGAGCUGGAGGUUUACUUCAACAAACUCAUCCCUCCUGCAAUGCAGAGAGGCCGAGUGGAGGGCCAGGAGAUUCCUGUCACGGGAGUGGCAGGUGCUGCUGCUGGCAACGUAUCGGACACCAGUUCAGAGCCGGACCAGUACGGACACCAGUUCCUCGACCACUAUGAUCAGGAGGACUUCCAGAUGCCUGACGUGCGUCUUGCUGCGACGGGUAUGGACUCUUGUCCGGCCAGUGACGAAGACACCGAAGACGAGCUGGAAUCUGCGAGAAGGAGCAACAACACGAGCAGGACACGGCUGCUGCCCAGCACGUCCAGACAACUGGUGGGGGAAAGCAACCGUCCCAGUUUUAGGCCGGGUCUGGAAGGGGGCAGUUCUGAUGACGAGGCCUCCAGCGGACGCAACGGUCCGUCUCUGUCUGGGAUCGAGCACAGAAGAUCUGCCGAAGGACGGGUCAUCAACCCCCCCGUCACAGGGGACGGAGGAGGUGGCGAUGGCAGCAGUGGGAGUGAGGAAAGCGGCAACGAUGGUGGCGUUUCCACCAUGCCUCUCCCAGCGACCGGCGCCCAGACCACCUACGAUGCUCUGCGUGGUCUAGGGAUCGUUGGUGGCGGCGAGGAGGAGAACGAUGAUGGGAUUAACCUGCCAGGACACGGCUGGAACGGCUUUCUCAGACCUGCAGAGAUGGGGGAUCGUGUAGGUCCCGUAGGAACAGGGGAGGCCAGCUCCUCGGUGACGUCUGGGGGGUCUCAGAGACUCUCUGUCAACUGGAGCACAAGGAUGGACCGCCAGGAGGCCCUGGAUGCCAUGGAGAGCACAGACUCGGGGCCGACGGCCGAUCGGAUGCUGGAUUCCAUCUACUUCAGGAACGGAGCUGGACUGAGGAGACCUCAGGAUUCAGUAAACCUGACCGUCUCUCCACUUGAAGGCACCCAGGGGAGCUUACAUCUCUCCCAGGUGCUGCUCUCUAAUGACGAGGGUGUAGAUGUACCUGAUGGAGCCAGGCCCUCUCUAGGGUUGAGGGGUGGGCCGUGUGGCAACGUGACUGUUGCAGAGGCUUCAGACGGGACCAGCGAAGAUGACGCCAACGCCCCUUCCUCUUCCCUGGAGCCCAAGUAUUUCUCCCAGAGCUUUCUGCAGGAACAAGAGGAGUCUGACGACGGCUGGCACAACUGUCCAGACAACAUGCAGCUGGAGUUUCAGCAAGGUGCCGAUGCUGCUCAGAGCGUUGUUUACCAGAAUGAAGAAGGCCAGUGGGUCACAGACCUCGCCUAUUACUCCUCCUUUGAGAAAGAGGUUGAUGGCAAGAAAGCUGAGGUUUCAAACCAGUUUGAGACUGAAGACUUUGUACCUGCCGGUGCAGCUUUGGAAACGAUAGCGAAAGAUCAAGAGGAGUUUGAAAAGGAGCAUCAGUUUAUGCAGGAGGAGCAGAUUGAGCCCGCCAACAGCAACGCCACAUUUCAGAGCGAGUCCUCGUGGAAGAUUCCCCCCAGCAGCCACGUCCUGAUGAGAGCGUCCCAGGUCUCCCAGGAGUUCAAGCAGGCGGAUGACAGCUACUUACGGCUAUCUCUAGGGCAGUUCUUUAGCCAGCGCUCCGAAGCCCUGGGCUGUCUGGGUUGGGCGGAUGUGCACAAUGUUAAACGGCCCUCCUUCGGCUACAUCAUCACGUCUCCAGAGAAGAGGGAUCCAUUUCCCCUCAUUCACCCCGCAGAGCUCCUGUCUGGAGGUCCCUCUUCUCACAAUUACACAAUUGACCUCAGUGAAGAGGACAAAACACUCAACACAGAUGACCUGGACAAAACUCUCAAUGGUCAGAGUGACGGGAUGUUACCGAAAGAGGAUCCAGAUCCUGAACCAUGUGAACCGGAAGGUCCUGCCGUCACGGCUUCACCGCCUGAACAAAGUCGGGGCUCGGGCUCCGAGUCGAGCCCCGGUAACCAAAGCUGCGCGUCGUCAGACAACAACAGCAGUCAGCUGAUGCUCAGUAUCAGUACAAUCGCUUCAGCAAUGGCUAACGCUUCCAUCAGCACCGACCCAUCACAACUGGCCGCCAUGAUUAUGGAUCUGACCAGGAGGAGCAGAGCGAGGAACCGUCCACUCGCCGCUAGCAGCAACACGGAGGAGCCCACUCAACAUAUCAUCCCUGAGUCCAGUCCAAGUGCACUCUUGGAGACUCUGCAGAGAAGCAUGUGUGCCGGAGAGAGGAGUGCUUUUGAUAUGGAGAAAUAUCUGAAAAAGACUGACUCCUCUGCAGCACACACCAUCUUUGACUUGAGUGGCUGGGCUGAAAGUCUCAGGAGCUCACAGAGGAACUCUCAAGGAGGAUAUCCCUCCGAACAGGAGACUGAGAAUCAGCAGUUUCCUUCAAGCACAAAAACUGCAGAUGCCAACAAAAGAGGAAGCACAAAUACAAACACUUCAGUGCCACUUUCCAAUUUAGUGUCACCGGUGAAGAAUGGGGAUUCGCAUAAAAGCUCCCUUUCUCGUCCUCUUGCAUCAGUGAGCUCUACCAGGACCCGGGAUUCAGGACGGUCUUCUUCACUCCACCCCCCCACAGACAAACUGACAUCCUGUGAUGGCCCUGCUGCCUCUUCAUCCAAGGAGUUUAACUCCACAGACACUGGAGUCCAGCUGGGAGAAACCAACCCCAGAAUGCCUGACAUAAACUUUUCAGAACCCCCCCGUGGGAAUAAUAAAAGCUUGCCCAGGACGUCCCCAAACUGGAGGAAAGGGCACUCAGGCUUGCCCGGUCCUAAAGGCUCCUCAUCCUCCAACCAGAGGGUGAGUGUCGGCCAGCAGCCACCAGAGAAACCCGGCGUGUCUCCAGAGAGGAGGGCGGGGCAUGUUGUUGAUGCCUCCGAGAAGCAUGUUGGUGUUCCUGGACAAAAGUCUUCAUCAGAACUACCUAAAGGUUUUCCUGAGCCAUGUGCGGGGGAUGCUCAGUGCAGCUUCAGACCAUCCACCUCCCCUCUCACCCACUCCUCUCCAACUCAGACCUCCAUUCCCAAUGCCGACAGCACGCUUUCACCCUCUUCAUCCAAUGGAGGUCCUGCUGACCGGCAUCCGUGUGCCGACCUCUCCCCCCAGUCUGUCUGCUGCAGCCCCAGUCUCAGCAGGCUCACGUACAUCUCAAUGAACGAAGGAACUGUUGUACCCACGCCGGAGAGAAAGAAGAAUAAUUCUACUUUGGCGCUGAGUACCACCAUCAUCAGAUUUAGUCCAACGCCGGACAGUUUUCCCCCAAAUCUGGAUAAUAAUCACUCUCAGCAUUCUAAAAGUCUGGACUCUCUUCCAGCGCGGCCCAGUAAAAGCCCAGAAGCCCCACGUAGCGGUUCUGCUCUGAGCUGCACUCGCAGCCAGAGUGAAUGCAACUACCGCUGUUCAGGUAACACUCCCACAGGUUUCAGGAGCGACCAGCAUCUCUCCGAGCCCAACGUGAAGCAGCUCAUUAAAGUGGAUUCAGGCUAUUGCAGCAAUUUAAACAUUCAGCACCCUGGCAGCUCCGCAACACCUCAGGGCUCCCAGCAGUGGCCGGCCGCUGCUCCGGCGUCGUCGGUGUACCCCGGUGGUCUCGGCAUGCCUCCCUCCUACCCAGCAGAAGGUCUCCGCUAUGUGCCCAUCCCCAGCUUCAAACCUCAGUAUGCGGGCAUGAACCUUUCCCACAAAGGAGAUAUUCAGUCCCUGCUAAAUGGACACCCCCUCUACAGCUCCCAGCCCCCCCAGCAGUACCUGGGACCUGAGGGUCCUGUGCAGUCUGGGGCUUUCCAAGGAAAUGCUCUCUUCACUGCCCCCUCUACAGGUUUUCUGGGGGUUUCCGGGCCUGCCGGGUCCCAUCACUUCCCUAGACCGCAUCAGUGCCAACAGGAAAUGGGCAUAAUUGGGAAACCAUACAAUCAAUACGGCGGGGAGCCCCUGCUGACAGGUGGUCUUGAAGAACUCAGAGGACAAGUGGUGGUGCCAGAGGAGCUGCGGUUCCCUCAUUCCUGCUGUGUAGGAAUUGCCUCCCAGACCUCGCUGAGCCUCUUCAAUCCUUCUGAGAGAUGGCAACAAGUGUCAAUCACAGUCACUAGCUUGGCCAUCGACGGAGAGAAGGUGGGCAAUCUGCCUUAUCAGUGGUUGAUUGUGAAGAACAAGACCAUUAUCGGUCCCAAGACCACGGAGGAGCAGAAGGUGUUGUUCAUCCCUCCGCAGGCGGGCAUCUACCAGUGUAUCCUCAGCGUCUGCUGCUGGCCUGCGUCUGCUGAGACGGAGUUGGCCGCCCGGGCCAGUCUCUUCUCCAAACGGGUGGCGCUAGUCGCCGUGGCAGAGAACCCACAGCUCGAGAUUGAAGUGGGCAAUUCCGGCUGUUUGGACUUUGGGGACGUGCCAGCAGACGGUGCUAAAUCUCUCCCCCUGAGGCUGCUCAACAGAACUCAUGCUACAGUCCCCAUCCGCCUGGUCAUCAGUGCAAAUGCCACUGCAUGGAGAUGCUUCACCUUUUCCAAGCAGCCCGUUACCAUGACGUCUGAGGCUCCACAGCAGGCGGGACACAUGACCCCGCUGUCCUCUCCCGCAGUCGUGAAUCAUGUGAUGCACGCCAGCUACGGAGAGAAUCCAGAAAGUUUUAUGGUCUGGGUUCAUUUCAAGGCACCUCAGAAGUAUGCGGCUUCUUCAGAGGAGCUGGGUCCAGCGGAUGAGUACCACGCCCGGGUGGAUAUUGAAGUGGACUCUCCUGGUCCGAGUCAGGUUAUUGCAAGAAUUCCCCUCAAGGCCAGGUCUGGAACCGCGAGGGUCCAUGCUCCUAAAGAUCUGCAGACUGUCAGCCUUUCUGCUCCGGUCGGUGAAUGUAGCCAACAGACUCUGCCGUUAAAGAACGCAGGAAACAUUGAUGUGCAGCUGAAACUCAAGAGCAGCGACGACAGUGAGGCCUUUUCUGUGACGCCUGAUGAACUGUCACUGAGACCGGGAGAGGAACGAGGCAUCGUCGUUACUUUCAAAGCCCACGGCAACAGGAAAUGUAGAGAAAGCCUCCUCACCAUCCUGGUGCUCCCAUCAGGCCCCCAGUAUGAAGUCACGUUGAAAGGGGAGCUGAUCCCUGCCGCCUCUGGAAAACCAGCACCCCCAUCUGCUCCCGUCUACGGCGCCGCUCUGACCAGCGACGUCCCGCCGAUCCUCUCUAAUAAACAAUUUGUGGCCUGGGGAGGGGUCACCCUGGGACGAGCUGUUCAACAGAAGCUGGUUCUGAGGAACAACUCCACCACGAACACACAGCAGCUCCGGCUGCUCAUCCGUGGCCAAGACCAGGACUGUUUCCAGCUCCAGAGUAUGUUCAGCCCGGAAGAGCGCAUCACCCGGCAUGGAGAGCUGUCCAUCCGUCCCAAAGAGGACGUGACGGUCCACGUGCUCUUCGCUCCCACCAGGGUGGCCUGCAUGCUGGCCAAGCUGGAGAUCAAGCAGUCUGGGGUCCGGCCUUCGCAGCCGGGGGUCAAAUUCACGAUUCCUCUGUCUGGUUACGGUGGCACCAGCAACAUCAUCCUGGAGGACCAGAGGAAACAGGCGGACGGCUACGUGGCGGCGAUGGCCGACGUUGCGGUGGGUCACGUCAGUAAAGUGUGUCUCUGUGUGAGGAACACCGGCUCCAGGGCAGCCUUCAUCAAAGCCGUGGCCUUCUCCGACGUGCCGUCCCGGUCUCACAUGGAGCCGUCUGUCAUGACGCUGGCGCCUUCACAGUUUGUGCUGAAGGAACGGUCACAAGAGGUGAUCACGGUGCUCAUGAAGUCCACGCAGAGAGAGCAGCGUCUGUGUCAGUCCGCUAACUCCCUGCUGGCGACGGUCUGCCUGUUCUGUGGAGAUGAAGUCUCCCGGCAGCAGUACAGGAGAUUGCUUCAGAGCAAACCGGAGGCAGCGAGAAAGGCCCUGUCUGAGAACAGCCUGCUCAAAAGCAUCGACUUCAAUGAAAAAUUCCUCGGAGAAGAAAAUGUUGCAGAGACGUACGACCUGCCCCUCCGGCCCAACGAGGCUCACAUCUUCUACAUCAACAUGACCAAGGUGGUGGUGUCUUUGUUGGGAAGCACCAAAAGCACAGAUUGUGAUGAGAGUGAGCGCAAAGAAAGGUCUCUUCCCUCCAUCAGCCACAUCACAGAGAUGGAGAGUUUGCCAAAUGGGAAUAUCUCUCUGGAUGUGCUCCCGGUGAAGGGUCCCCAGGGUCCAGCUCUGACGGUUGCAGAACCUUCCUCCCAGACUCCAGAGCCGUCACACUCGCAGCCCGACUCCUGGACCCUCCACCCCCUGCAACUUGUCCUGGAAGCUCCCACCAUCAACGGCCCGUCCAACACCAGUCAGGUCCAGAUACGCAACAACACGUCCAGAGAGCUGAAGUUUGACUUGUCCUGGCCGGCUCACUGCCUCACCAUCACUCCUCAGCAUGGACUUCUAGAGCCGCAGUGCCACCUUCAGAUCCUGAUCAGCCCCAACCCCUCGCUGGCAACCAAGUCCUCUCUGUUGCCCUGGAGCGGGCAGAUCUACGUGCAGUGUGACGGUCAACAGAAGGUUAUCAAGGUCCAGAUCCGUCAGGACCUGGCCCUGGAUGUGUCUGCUGCCCCAGCAGACGCCUCUCUGUCAGCCCUGCCUGCCCAGGCUGCUACUCCGGUGCUGCCCAUGCCAAGGCUCGGCUCCAAGCCCCCCGCUCCCCCCGACACCCCGCAGACGCCGCUGGCCGCGGUGGAGAUCAGCAACAAGACCAUCACCUUUCCCAGCACCGCUUCAGGGGAAACAUCAGAGGCCCAGCUGGAAGUGAACAAUGGAGACGUGGAAGUGAGGUGGUACCUGUCAUCAUUUGCUCCUCCAUAUGUCAAGGGGGUUGACAACACCCAGGACGUGUACCGGGCCACCUACACCGCCUUCAGGUGUUCCAGGGUGUCGGGGAUCCUGGGGGCUCGGGAGAAGAUGCAGGUGCCUGUGACCUUCCUGCCCAGAGACAAAGGAGACUACGUUCAGUUCUGGGACCUGGAGUGUCACCCCGUGUCUGACCCCCAGCAGAAAUCCAGGAUCCGCUUCCAGCUCUGCGGCACUGGAGUAAAGUUUGGGCCGGUGGAAGCACCGCAGGAAGGAAACUGUUCUCUGGUGAAGACUGACGCCGCAGUGAAGAGCAGGAAGAGACCAGAAGCCUCGGCAGGCAAAACCAGGCAAGAGGAGUCCGUGCGGAGGGGGGUGUACUGUCCACAUGACUUGUACACCUUCGAGAAAACCCGUGUGGGGGAGUCCAGCACUCUGAAGGUCAACAUCCGCAACAACUCGGCCGACAUGCACGAGCUGAAUUUUGUAAAACCUAGGGAGCCCUUUCACAUCAAGCAUUCCAAAUACUCCCUGAGAUCGCAGCAUUAUCUGAAACUCCCCGUCCAGUUCAAGCCCGGUUCCGCCGGCCGACAUACGGGUUUGCUGCUGAUCCAGUCAGAAACCAGCGGGAGUCUUGUUAUCCAGCUAAGUGGUGAGGCGUCGCCCUGAUUCCUCCUCCACCCGCCUGUUCUACCUCCUCCUGCAGCGUCUGCUCGGCUCUUCAUCGUGGGACGGAUGAGAGGAACCGAGAAGUGACGGACCUUCAGCAACUCAUGAGUUUUGGAGAGCUAAUGGAUUUGUCUCACUGUCCUCUGCUGCUGCGGUGCCACUUCACUUCUGUAACACGACGAAGGAUUGUGCUUUUGAAAAAGUGACACUAUGCCUUUUUUUUGUGGUUACAACAUCUGGAGGAACAAUUUUCUCUGCAGAGCUGAAGUAAUAAGUCUCAUGAUUGUAAACCCCCCCCCAACCUUUUUGUUUUACUUGAAUCAUACACUCUUACACGAAUGCUUUUAGGUCCGUUUACAUGUCAUGAGAUUCUCCUGCAGGGUGGUUUCCAUGGCGAUGAUCCCGGGCCGGGCCGAGCCCACCUGCACGGCAGCCUUCGUCAGCACCAGGUGUUGAUGCAGCAGUUACCAAGCCGUCCAGAUGUUUAAUUUAGUUGUGAUGGGGCAGCUUUCCACCAGCAUUAGGGCGGGGGCUUCUUUUCGGCAGCUGGCCAGCUCCAUUUUGCACGGUAACCAUGUGGUAACCGUGUGGUUACCACGUGGUAACCACACGGUUACCACAUGGUUACCAUGGCAAAAGGGUGUUGAUCGUUGUUCCUGCCACAGAAUAUGAGCUUUAGUGCGAGUGGCCGACCUGACCUGCUUCUCUAGUCUGUUUUGGGACUGAACUGCCACGAGGUUUACUGCGUUUGUACCUCAGGAAGAAAAACCUUCUCAACCUGCUGGAUGCCACGUAUUUGUACCGCUGAGGAACACUAAUGUUUAUAGCAGUUUGUUUAGUUUUUCCCCUGCAUGUUUGGUCCUUUUGAUAAGAAAGCAGUUGCUGUCGGCGCUAGCUGCAGACGAACACUCCUUAGCUUUUUGAUUUGCACUAUGUAAUAUAUUUUGUGAAUUUUUAAAUAAAGUUUUUCUGGUAAACA